AUGGGAGUGGAUGAAAUCGACUGCAGAAACUGGGACGAAGAAGCUUAUAGGGAUUCCAUUUUACAGGAAAGAGAAGCACUUUCCCGAACGAUAUUCCGCACCGUCUUCGCCCCGACCCGUAACCCGAACCCGAAUUCAGACAUCAUCGUAACUGCCUCAAGCGAUGGCUUCGUUUCCUCUUACUCCAUCUCCUCUUGCCUUGCACUGGGUUGUGGAAAUGUGAGAGGUCAGAAUUGGUUAGUGGCUGAACCCCAUUGUUUGAUUCAAGGGCACAAUGGACCUGCUUAUGAUGUUAAAUUUUGCGGUAAUGAAGAGGACUCACUGUUAUUAAGCUGUGGCGAUGAUGGUAAGAUCCAAGGAUGGAAAUGGAAAGAAAUUUUAGAAUGUGAGGUGCCCAUGCGAGGAGCCAAGCUGAAGCCAGUACUUGAUUUGGUCAAUCCACAACAUAAAGGUCCUUGGGGUGCACUUUCUCCAAUUCCAGAAAACAAUGCAAUUGCAGUUGAUUCUCAGGGUGGAUCUAUAUAUGCAGCUGCUGGUGAUUCUUGUGCAUAUUGCUGGGAUGUGGAGAAGUCUCAAAUCAAGAUGGUUUUCAAGGGGCACUCAAACUAUUUACACUGUGUUGUUGCUCGCAAUUCUUUCAAUCAGAUCAUAACUGGUUCAGAAGAUGGCACGGCUCGAAUAUGGGAUUGCAGAAGUGGGAAGUGUAUCCAAGUAAUUGAUCCAGGAAAGGAUAGGACGUCAAAAGAAUCUGUUCCAUGUGUCAGUUGCAUUGCUCUUGAUGCAAGUGAGAGUUGGUUGGCUUGUGGAAAGGGCCGGUCUUUAUCACUAUGGAAUCUUCCAGUUUAUGAAUGUAUUUCAAGGAUCAGAACAAAUUCAUCAAUCCAAGAUGUUAUAUUUGAUGAUAAUCAAAUUUUGGCUGUUGGGUCAGCACCAUUGCUUACUCGAUUUAAUAUGAAAGGAGAUAUUCUAUCACAGAUAAAUUGUGCUCCUCAAUCUGUGUUUUCCAUUUCUUUGCAUCCUUCUGGGGUUACAGCCGUGUCUGGUUAUGGAGGACUUGUAGAUAUCAUAUCUCAGUUUGGAAGCCACUUGUGUACAUUCCGUGGCAAAAGUCUACAAGCGGAGGAUGGCGAUGGGCACUCUGCUCGUCGGGGAUUUUACCUCCCCAUGCCCUGCCCUAUUCCCCGCUUAAGGGCGGAGAGGGGCCUCGUCCCAUUUACUGUCCUGUUUAUAUAUUUUUUAUUUUCUUCCAGUAAUUAUAAGGAUAAUUUGGGAAUUGGGCAUAAAAUAAUUUGUUCAUUGAAGAGGACAUCUCAUGACCCCUUUGUUGCAAGUUUACCCGAGCAUGGUUCGAGUAGUAUUAAAUUGCAAGCGAGAAGUUCAGGACUGUUGUUUGAAGAUUCAGAUAGGCUUCAAGAGUCUAAUUAUCUGGAUACUUGGUGGGCUCUGGAGGAAAGAACAGAGUUAUUUGGUUUGAGUAUAAGGAAAAAUUUCAAUUCUGUUUAUUCAAUUUUUGAGCUUCAGGGCUUUGAGCAGUUGGCUAUAUCGACAAUGGAGUGCAACAAGGAUGAAGCCUUCCGAGCAAAGCAAAUUGCUGAGAAGAAGAUGGAAAAUAAUGACUUUGAAGGGGCUCAAAAGAUUGCUCUAAAAGCUCAAAAUCUUUUCCCUGAACUUGAGAAUAUAGCUCAGCUACUGACUGUCUGUAACGUUCACUGUUCUGCACAAAACAGGAUAUUGGGAUCUGAAAAAGACUGGUAUGGAAUCCUUCAAGUUGAAAGGUUGGCUGAUGAAGUUACCAUCAAGAAACAGUACAGAAGACUUGCACUUCUUCUCCAUCCUGAUAAGAACAAAUUUCAUGGUGCAGAAGCUGCUUUUAAGCUGAUUGGGGAAGCAAAUAUGGUACUAUCGGACUCUGCAAAGAGGUCUGUAUAUGACAGUAAGAUUAGAGUUUCAGUUAGAACAGCUCCAUCAAAUUCAUCGCUUCGUCAAAACAAUAAUCCAAAUGGUUUCGCUGCUCAUGGUCAGAAUAAAUAUCAGACAAAGCCGCCACAUGCAAUAGCUAGACAGGCAGUUUUCUGGACUUGUUGCCCAUUUUGUAGCGGAAGAUUUCAGUAUCCGAGAGAAUAUGUGAACAAAGCUUUACGCUGUCACAAUAAUAGCUGCUCAAAAGCCUUCAUUGCUUAUGACAUAGGCGCUCAAGGAAUUCAUUUGGGAUCCAAAUGGGCUCAACCAGGUGUUCAAAAUGCGCCGUCAAAAUCCAGCCAGAGUCAACCUUCUCUUUCUGAACAAAAAGAGGUCCCAGAUUUGGGUGCCUUCAAAAUGGGUGCACAAAAUACCACUAGAUCCUCAGAUUCUCAUGCAGGAUCUCUUGGAGGUGCCACCAGUAGAAAAAUUGGGUCAGAAUCAGGUCCUCGGGCAGAAAUUGGAGCUGAGAUUGGAGAGGAUUUGAAGGCAAAAGAAAAAGAUAGCAGAAAUGCCCAAUCUUCGAAUGUUAGAAAGGCAGGGGGUGCGAUGCCCAAUGGAGAUUCAAUGCCUAGAAAAUCUAGAAAUUUGAAAAACAAAAACAGGAAGAGAGGCAGGAAGGUGAUAAUAGAAUCUAGUGAGAGUUCUGACUUGAGUAAUUCUGACCCGGAAGAUGUGGUUAUUGAGGAAAAUUUUGACAACCAGGGAACCAGGAUGGAUCCUGCACUUAAUGGCUUCCGUCGUCUAAGGAGACUGGCUCAGCCAAGGCAGAAUGUCUCAUGCAAUAUAAGUGGCGACGAUGACUUUGCUAGCCCUCCCAAGAGAUGGCGUGGGAACAUAUUAUCAGGUUAUGGUAAAAAGGAGGAUAAUGAAACUGUGGAUGGUGAAGUUUCAAAAGUAAAAAAAAUGGGAACUGUUCCUCCUGAAGGAAGCUUCUCGGACAAGAAUGCGGAGAGUAAAGAAGUUAAGGCUAAAGGACAACCAGCUGGUAUGCAGGGCACAGGUGGUGAACCUAUUCAUGUCUUAGAUGAUUCUGAACCGGAUUCAGAUUCAGAUUCAGAUUCUGAUUCUAGUAUUGAAGAUAAGAAAGUUUAUGAGUGUCCUGAUCCAGAAUUCCAUGAUUUUGAUAAGAUUAGAGAAGAAAGCUGUUUUUCCGCUGGUCAAAUCUGGGCUUGUUAUGAUACAUUAGAUUGCAUGCCUAGAUACUAUGCUCAGAUAAAAAAGAUAGUUACUCCUGGAUUCAAAUUGAGCAUCCACUGGUUAGAAGCUAGUCCCGAGGGUCAACAAGCGAUUAAUUGGGCAGAUGUGGACUUGCCUGUUGGCUGUGGUAAAUUUAAGCGUGGGAAGACUGAAGAAGCUUCAGAACUUUGUACGUUCUCUCAUCAAGUGCAUUUUGAAAAGGGUAGGAGCAGAGGUUCUAUUGUCAUAUAUCCUAGAAAAGGAGACAUUUGGGCUCUUUUCAAGGACUGGGAUAUAAAAUGGAGUUCCAACCCUGAGAAUCAUAAGCAUUUCAACUAUGAAAUUGUGGAGGUUAUGUCAGAUUUUGUUUAUGGUGCCGGAAUAAAAGUUGCUUGCUUAGAUAAAGUUGAAGGAUUUCUAAGCCUAUUUCAGCGAACAAGCCGGAGUGAGAUUGAUUCGUUUUUAAUACGACCCAAUGAACUGCUUAGGUUCUCCCACCAAAUUCCCUUUUUCAAAAUGACUGGCAGUGAAAGAAAAGGAGUCCCAGAAGGGUCUUUUGAACUUGAUCCUGCUGCCUUACUCCUACAAGGCUAA